AGCUAGCUACCUACCUGUUCAUUCUCUAAAAUCACACACGUAUAUACACACAUUGAGGAGGAAAUUUGCGCACGCGCACGGCGCAUGGGGUUGCGCAAUAAUUGAUCACGCCCCUUUGUUUUGACGGGAGCAAGUAUAGUUGCGGAGUCAAAGCUGAGGAGUCAAAGCUGAGGCUAGCGUGAGAAAGGCAACUUACAACAGUGUCUGACUGCCACUCUAUAGAAGGGACAGACACUUAUAGAGACAGGGAGAAUCACAGAAGUGUUGAACUUCUCCGUAAAUGAUUGUUAGCUGUGAAAAGACCAAGAAGAGGAAAGUUAUAAGAUGUCUGGGGAUCUGAGUGAGCCUCACAGAGUCCCUGGUUGUGAACUAGACCAAUUUGAAGAUGACUCCCUUAUCCAGGUACCCAUGCAUGCCUUACAUAGAUAGCUACCGAGAUUUUGUCCGCCCCCAAAUCACCCUUCAGUCGACUUUGCCCAAGACCGAACUGAAGAAUGGGAAGAUCAUUUGUGAUGGACCAACUCAACUGCCACUUUCACAGCAGAUAAAGUCUGGUGAAGAAAAUGUCAACUUCCUCAAGACAAACCAAGCAGCUACAUCUGCACGAAAUGGAGAAGACAAGUUUAUGGUGUCAGAUUUAGAUUUCAUUCAGCCACCACCUGAAGAAGAAGAUCAUUCCUGCAGUAGCGGGUCUAGUACUGUCUCGGAGGACAUGAGUUUCUCAGAUUCGGGUGACUCGGUCGAGGUGCCAGAGUUUAUGGAUGCCACUGAGCACAAGAGUGAAAAGUUGUCAGCUGCUAUGAAUGAAGUCGUGACUGGCAUUCAGCACACUUUCUAUACUCCAGAAAAGAGUUGCGGUGAGAAUAUAGCCAUUCAUCAGGCUUGUCCUGAACAGCAGCAGCAGGUUCCUAACUCCAGUGCCGGUUGUGGACCACCACUGGUGACUCCCAACAAAUGGCCCCUAGAAUCUUCCCUCCCUGACCAACACAAUCAUCAUCAGCUACAGAAGACUCCAGAGGAAGACGAUUAUGCAACAAUUUUCCAAACACUUUCUGUUGAUGAGGGAAACCCUGCAAAGGACAUCAUGAGGAUAGAUUCUUUACCAGUUCCUCAACAGGGGGAUUCAAGACAAGGAAAUCUCGUUAUUGGACUUUCUCAAUUGCCGACAAAUUUGGAGCCAGCUUUAAUAUCGCCGGACAUCAUUUUGGAGCCAAACCACUUCCUUGAAAAGGGUGUAAGCAUCAUGGGAAAAUCCCUGAAUCCCAUCGUGACAUCUCUCCAUAACGAUCCCGGAAGUAGAGUAAAAUUGUACGUUCGUACGAAGACAGAGAAGCAAAAGACCCAAAAAGGCUGCCACAGUGUACAGAACGAGGGACAUUCCAGUUUCCAAUCCUUCAAACAACCACAAGUACCCGGAAGCUUUCGAUGGUAGAAUCCUCCUCCGACACAUUCGUAAACAUGCUCCUGAUUAUGCGUCCUUUCUGGAUAUUCGUGGCAGCUCAAACGACCUGAAGACACCGAUUGAUGUAAUUCUAGGCAUGAUCCCGCGACGCCUCAACCCCUCCCUAACUACAGCAGCUCUUGGCCACACCCUCUACUACAUGGAAAGCUUUCUCGAGAUCUUUGACAGCGGCUUAGAGUCUGCUGGUAAACAUGCUCUUGCGGUGCAUGUGAAAGAGGGCAUAAAUGAACUGAAGUAUGUACGGAACACUGCCAAUCAGGCACGUCGACUCUCACUCGAGUUGGCCAAGUAAACUAACUAUUUUAUAUUUCUCGGGAUCGUUCAGUUUGUGUACAUUGUUUUAGAGUUUGUAGACUGUAGCUAAAAGGGCUGUUUAUAUAAAAGGUUUUUCCCUUCACGGGUUUUUCCCUUGGUCCUCUGAUUGAGCCGUCAGGACCUAAAUGUGUUGUCUUACUACAAGGCUCCAGCCCUUCCGUGUUUUAUUUUUGUACUUCAUCCGGGUGCUUGUCAUAGAAUAGCAGUGUUACUUUAGAGGUAUGUAUAUGUGGCAUUCAAGGUGUGAGUAUUGUCAGCACCGCACGACAACGUGCUCGAGAAAUUAGCGCGCACAACUAUUAUGUGAUUCGCCCC